GUGAGCAGUAGUAGCAUUUUCAAAUGUCACAUUUUCAGUCGGAGUGAUUUCAGUGCUCCUGUUUAUUCCGAUAAAUUAAGUAUACGAAUCAGUUAAUGAAAAUGACUCCUGAUGAUAUUGAAGAGAAGGUGAAUAAAUCUUUCUUGCCUGAUAAGGAUCUCUACCGUGAUACACCAGUUCGUUAUUUAGGAUACUCCAAUGAGGUGGGAGAAGCUUUUCGGCCACUCAUUAAGAAAAUCUUUGUGCAUCUCUCUUAUGGAAUUGCUGUGACCUACGUCUGUGCUGAUGCUUUUGAUAAAUCUCACAAAGUUUACAAGAGGCCUUCUGGUGGAGGAGCUAAAGCAGCUGCAAUAACUGCUGGAGAUGUUCUGCUGUGGCAAAUGUUGGCAUCUGUGAUAAUUCCUGGAUUUACAAUUAAUCGAAUUUGCUGGGGAACAGGGAAACUUCUAAAGAUGACCCAUCAGAAGGGCGUUAUUAAGAAAUGGGUACCAACCUUUGUUGGACUAGCUUCAAUACCAGCAAUUAUUCAUCCAAUUGAUAACUUUGUGGAUACACUGAUGGAUAAAACGUAUCGUGUGUAUAUCAAAUAAUAACUGGAUCAAUAAUUUUCAACUCUGCCAGCAGAUUCACUUGAGGGGAACUUUAGCCACCACAUCAUACAUAUCGGUGCGACGUUUUCUGAAAACUGGAAGUUGCUCCCGGGCAGAGUCGGCCAAAGCAAAAUCUAAAAAUUUCAUACAAAUAGUUUCCGUAAAGUACAUUUUAUAAUUAUAUACAGAAAAUUCGCGCUCUUUUCAUCACUUACCGAGAUCAGCCUUGAUGAUCUCCUCCUCUUCACCAGCCUUCUUGAUCACCCUAGCCCAUGGAUCAACGAGCAUGGUGUAGCCCCAGUUGACGAAGGGGUUUGUGUAGUCACGUGAUGCAGAUACCAUCGUAACGUAGCUCUGGGUAUCGGCAGCACGUGCCCUCUGGUACAAUUCCCAAUGGAGCUCUCCCGUGUAAAUGGGGAAGGCAGCCGGGUAUACGAGGAAGUUGCAUCCCUCAUUUCUGUACACCCUGGCAAACUCAUCGAACUCAAUGUCGAAGCAAAUACCUAGUAAGAGGGAUGAAAAAAAUACUUUUAGUUAAAAAGAAAA